AUGGCUGAAAGUAACAAAGAGGAAGCAGUGGUGAAGACUGAUGAGAUCGCUAAACGUCUGUCGGUGGCACAAUUGAAAGAAUCUUUCGAGUCUAAAAAUACAAGUUCUUCAAGACCGAUAUCCAUCGGUAGAGAUGGUAAUCGACAACAACAACAACAACACCUCUCAGCUAAGCAAACGGGCGCUGGUAUCACCGAGCAUUUUACAAAAGAACUUGAAGGUGUAUUGAAAUCACAGCCAACAAAAAAUAAUUGUUAUAUUCGUUCAGCCACUAAUAAACUUUCGGACAACGAUGAUGUAAAUAGACAAACUGAGUGUCUUUCCACUAAACCACAGGAAACUAGUAAAAUGAAUCAAAACAGCAUCAAAGUAAAAGGUAGCAAAUGCUCUGACAUCUCCGAAGUCCGUCAGAGAGCAGAACAUGUUGUAGAGCAACAUGUUAAUCAAAUCAAAGCCAGCUACAUUAAAGAAAAACUCGAAUUCAGUAUUAUGAUUUGUGGUUCACCACGCGUCGGCAAAAGUACACUUGUUAAUACAAUGUGCGGUCGACAAGUUGCACCGACAAGUGACAGCCUAGACGCAUGUACCACCGAAGUAAAAUGUUAUUCAUACGCAGACGACAGAGAAACGGAAACGGGUGUGAAACAUUUCAAGAUGAACAUUUGGGACACACCGGGUAUUGAAGAGUGGGAAAAAAUUCAAAAUACAUUUGAUAAAAAUUUUUCAACAACAAAUCCAAUUUGUUUGAUUUUCUGUACUGCACCGGGUGCAUUUACAAAAUUGGAUCCACUCAACAUUUUACUUGAGAAAUGUAAAGAACGAAAGAUUUUUGUUGCACUAGUUGUUACAAACAUGUUUUCGAAUAAUCGACGCAACACUGCGCUACAGGAACUCAAAAAUCUUCUAACUCCAUACGGUGAUGUGACGGAAAAAGUUGAAGGUACGGAGAAAUAUCCAGUUACAUAUUACGGUGAAUUCGGUCUUUGUACAAUGGUCAAUUGUGAAGAUUAUGUUGAUGACCGGUUAAAAGUCAACGAAAAACCACAAGGUGUCAAUGAAUUAAUUUUUGGCAUUAUGCAAUCACUAUCGGAUGAAAAAUUAUUGGGAUGGUGUAAUGCCGUUUUGGAAAAUCGUACAUAUUGGGACACGAUGAAACACGCCGUAAAUACCUUUUUUAGCCGGAAGUAUCCAGAAUUUUCAAAAUAUCUACAAGAGAAGAAAAAGGAUAGUGCAUUCGAUAUAGCCUUUUUCCUCUUGGGUUGUCUCAAAAAACGUGUGUUUAACUGA